AUGAGAACGCUCGUGUUUGUCUUCUGUUCUCUGGGUUAUUUUGGAGCGACACAACAGGACGAGACUAAAGGUGUCUCCAGAACGUACGUCACAGAGGGGGAAGAUGCCGUCCUUCACUGUUCUUCUGUAGAAAGCCUUGAGAACACGGUGGUAGACUGGAAGAACCAAAAUAAAGAAGAGGUGUGCCUCUACGACAGAGGCCGGCACUGUGAGGACAGGCGGGACAAUCAGGACGAGCAGUACAAAGGACGAGUGUCACUUUUCUACGACAAGCUGAAGAAUGGAAACGCAUCCUUGAUCCUCAACAACACAAGGAUUGAAGACACGGGGAAUUACACCUGUAUAUUUCCACUUUUGAGUUCUGGAAUCCAAAGCUCCACGAUUGAGCUCAUCGUCGAGCGGGUCUACAAAAACCGAUUUGGACUUAAAAAAGGAGCCGUUCAGGCGCCAUUCCUUGGAAUAUCUGACGUGACAGAGGCCGGCGUGGAGCUCCAGUGUGUGGUCAGAGGUUCUUCAUCAAAGCCGAGUGUAGAGUGGCAGACGUGUGAAGGAACCUCUCUUAAUUCAGAGGAGCCACUGGUCUCUGAGACACGAGGCCGUUACGACACCACGCUCCUCGUCACUGUGACGGAGACCAAGACCAACUGCUUCCGCUGCGUGGUCAAACAGGAGGACAUUUACCACAGGAUUGAUGAUGACAUCACUGUGUCAGAGAAACUCUUUGAGAAAAAGUCCUCCCACGAUACUCAGUCCUCCCACAGCACAGUUGUUCUCGUAAGCAUUACUGCAGUUGUCAUAGGUGUGUUACUUCUGCUGGUUCUGGUUCUGGCUCUGAUCUUCACAAGACGCAGAAUUCGACGUAAGUUAUUCAAUAUUUGA